AUGGCGUUGAGCACCCAAACUGGGUCUGCAGGUUCAGCUUUGCCAUGGAAGUACGACGUGUUUCUGAGCUUCAGAGGCGAAGACACCCGUAAGAACUUCACAGAUCACUUGUAUGACAAGUUGCAGUGGCGAGGAAUCAGGACUUUCAGGGAUGAUCCACACCUUGAAAGAGGCACAACAAUCUCUCCAGAACUCCUCACUGCAAUCGAGCAAUCCAGGUUUGCGAUCAUUGUUCUCUCGCCAAACUAUGCUACUUCCAAGUGGUGCUUGCUUGAACUGUCUAAGAUUGUUCAAUGGAUGGAAGAGAGAGGGAGAAUUCUGCCAAUCUUUUAUGAGGUGGAACCCUCUGAUGUGAGAUAUCAAAGGGGAAGCUUUGCUGAAGCGUUUGAAAAACAUGAAGAGAAGUUCGGGGAAGGUAAUAAGGAGGUGGAAGGGUGGAGGGAAUGUUUAACCAAAGUGGCCAAUUUCGCUGGAUGGAGUUCAAAGGAUUACAGGUAUGAAACAGAACUUAUCAGAGACAUUGUGCAAGAACUGUGGAGCAAAGUGCGUCCUAGUCUCACUUUAUUUGGUUCCUCAGAGAAGUUGGUUGGAAUGGAUACUAAGCUGGAGGAAAUAGAUGUUCUUUUAGAUAAAGAAGCAAAUGAUGUUCGCUCUAUAGGGAUAUGGGGGAUGGGUGGGUUGGGUAAGACAACCCUUGCUAGACAAGUUUAUGUGAGAGUCUCUCAUCAAUUUGAAGUCUGCAUAUUUCUUGCUAAUGUCAGAGAGGUUUCCGCAACUCAGGGUCUUGUUCAUCUACAAAAACAAAUUCUUUCCCAGAUCUUGAAGGAAGAAAAUGUUCAAGUGUGGAAUGUUUAUAGUGGAAUCACUAUGAUAAAGAGAUGUUUUUGUAAUAAAGUGGUUCUUCUAGUUCUUGACGAUGUGGAUCAACCCGAGCAACUGGAAAACUUGGUGGGAGAAAAAGACUGGUUUGGUUCAGGAAGUAGAAUCAUCAUUACAACUAGAGAUCGGCAUGUCCUAGUCACAUACGGUGUAGAAAAACCUUAUGAGUUGAAGGGAUUAAACGAAGAUGAAGCUCUUCAGCUCUUUAGUUGGAAAGCUUUUAGGAAAUAUGUGCCUGAAGAAGAUUAUGCAGAACUCUCUAAAAGUUUUGUCAUGUAUGCUGGAGGUCUCCCCUUAGCUCUUAAAACUUUGGGGUCUUACUUGUACCAAAGGAGUCCAGAUGCAUGGAAUUCUGCAUUGGCAAAACUACGGAGUACUCCAAACAAAACAAUUUUCGAUUUGCUGAAAGUGAGUUAUGAUGGACUUGAUGAGAUGGAGAAGAAAAUUUUUCUGGACAUCACAUGUUAUUCUUCGCAACGUCAAGCCAGUUUUAUUAUUGAACUACUAUAUAGUUCUGACAUUUGCAAUCGUAUUGCAAUAGAAGUUCUUGUUGAUAAAUCUCUCUUAACUAGAUCACAAGGAAACCAAAUAGGUAUACAUGAUUUGAUACAAGAAAUGGGAUGUGCAAUUGUUCGCCAAGAGUCUUAUGAAGAGCCAGGUGGGCGCAGUCGGUUGUGGCUUCGCAAUGACAUUUUUCAUGUAUUCACAAAGAAUACGGGAACAGAAGCCAUUGAAGGCAUAAUGUUACACUUGGGAAAAUUAGAAGAGGCAGAUUGGAAUCUUGAAGCCUUCUCUAAAAUGCGUAAACUGAAGCUGCUCUACAUUCAUAAUUUAAGGCUUUCUCUUGGCCCCAAAUAUCUUCCUAAUGCCUUGAUAUUUCUGAAUUGGAGUUGGUAUCCUUCAAAAUCUCUCCCACCAGCUUUUCAACCGGAUGAUCUUACUGAACUUAGUUUGGUGCAUAGCAAUAUUGAUCACCUCUGGAAUGGAAUAAAAUACUUGAGCAAGUUGAAAUCUAUCGACCUUAGUUACUCCAUAAACUUGACAAGGACACCAGAUUUCACAGGUAUUCCAAGUCUUGAGAGGUUGGUUCUUGUAGGUUGUACCAAGCUAGUUAAGAUUCAUCCAUCCAUUGCAUUGCUCAAGAGACUCAAAAUUUGGAAUUUUAGAGACUGCAAAAGUAUUAAGAGUCUACCGAGUGAAGUGCAUAUGGAGUUUCUUGAAACAUUUGAUGUAUCUGGCUGCUCAAAGCUGAGAAGGAUUCCAGAAUUUGUGGGGCAAAUGAAAAGAUUUUCAAAGCUAUCUUUAGGUGGGAGUGCUGUUGAGAAACUGCCUUCAUCAAUUGAGUUAUUGAGUGAGAGUCUGGUGAAGCUUGAUUUGAAUGGAAGUGUUAAAAGAGAGCAGCCGUACUCCUAUUUUCAUCAGCUGCAGAAUCUCAUAGAAUCAUCUUUUGGUUUCUUUCCAAGAAAGAGUCCUCACCCUUUGAUUCCUCUAUUAGCUUCCUUGAAACAUUUCUCUUGUUUGAGGGAAUUAAAAAUGAACGACUGUAAUCUCUGUGAAGGAGAGAUUCCCAAUGAUAUUAGUUCUUUGUCCUCCUUACAGAGCUUGCAACUCAGAGGAAACAAUUUUGUUAGCCUUCCUGCAAGCAUUCAUUUGCUUUCUAAGCUUAAACAUAUUAAUGUAAGGGAUUGCAAAAGGCUUCAACAAUUGCCAAAACUUCCGGUAAAUCGCCGCUUACAUGUGCUAGCCGACAAUUGUACUUCGUUACAAGUGUUUCCAGAGCCAAAAGUGUUUCCAGGACCAUCAGAUUUGUGCCCAUCUGCUUUUUCGCUAAUCAAUUGCUUGAGUACGGUCGCUAAUCAAGAUGCUAGUUAUUUUUUGUAUUCAGCGCUAAAGCGGUUGCUUGAGGUAACCCCUCAUUUCAACCAUCUCCGGUUGGCAAUUCCUGGAAGUGAAAUUCCUGUGUGGUUCAGUAAUCAAAGUGUGGGAGACUCGGUGACUGAGAAGUUCCCUUUGGAUGCAAGUAAUAGCAAGUUGAUUGGAUUUGCUGCAUGUGCUCUAAUUGUACCUCAAGAAAAUCCGUCUGCCAGACCUGAUUUAUUUAGCUUUAAUUGGUACAAUUAUAGUACCGGUACUUUGUUAGGAGGAUUUAGUUUCUUUAUAUAUCCAGGUUUUUCAGAUCACCUUAUGUUAGCUAUUUUGCCCAAAUGCCGUCUAAAGGACACAUGCAAUGAGGUGAAGUUUGUCUUUGAAAUCAUUUCAUUGGGAAACAACAGAGAGGUGAAGCAAUGUGGGUCCCGUGCACUGUACGAGCACGAGAUGGAAGAGGUGAUCAGUAGAAUGAACCAAUCCAAGUGCAACAUUUCUCUUUACGAGGCUACGGAUGAACAAGAAGGUGCCAUGGUCAAGGCAACACAAAAGGCAACAACAAGCAGAAGCAGUGGCUCCGACGACGAAUAUUACUCUGCAGAAGAAUGA